AUGAUGAGGAUGAGCAGGAUGAUGUUGAUGAUGAGGAUGAAAACGAGGAGGAUGAUGUUUAUGAUGAUUAUGAUGAUGACUGGAAGUACACGAGAGGCAUGGAAGCGUCCGCUGAACUUCGAAACAGUUUAGAUGAAUGAACUGCAGUUUCAAUACAGAAUUGAUAUUGUGCUACUUGUUACAAAUAAAAACAGGAGAGGAGAAAGUAUAAGGAAACUAAGGUGAUGAAAAGUUAUACAAAGAGAAAGGACAUGAAAAAUGUGAGAAUGGUAUAUUCGUACACGUAAAAAGGUUGUAAAAAAUGAGAACAAGUUUUAAAAAUUUAAUUGUUUUCUCUGGCUGAUCAUUAAUCAUCUGAGAAGAAGAAAUGGUUUUGAAGUAAAAUAAUGUAUACAUUUCAAAAUGAUGGAAGUAAAUAUUCAUUAUGCUACAGUAUAGAAGUGUGAGUUAGAAGGAAAAUGAGGCUGAAUUGUGAAAUGUACAAAAAAGAUACACAAUGCAAUUAAUAAUAGAUAAGAUUUCUAGAAUAAAAUAACUUUAUACAAGUGUAAUAACGAUGACUGGAAUAAUAUUCUUCCUGGAUUUUCCUGGAGUUUUGUUAUAUCAUUAUUAUUGGAAACCUUUCCUGGAGAGUGCUGAUAUCGUGAACAUUAUUCAAAAAUAAAUAUUAAUGGUUUUUUUUUUUAAAAUAAUGUAUGAAGUGAAUGUAUGAAUUUUUUUAAGGACAUUUUUAAUCAUUGAUUUAUGUAAAGCUGCACUAUUAUCAUAUUAUCAUGCUGUACAUACUAAUACCAUUUAAAUGAAUAAUUGAUAUUGAAUUACAGAUGAUUUUAACAAGUGCCAUGCACAAAUCUAUUUCACAUAAAAUUAUUUAAAGAUAUAUGAAUUCAAUAAGAAAUACCAGUAUGCAAUAUUAAUGAGUAGAAGAUGUGUAAUUAUGAAUUUAUUGGUAUGCAUUGUAUAAACAGAAACUUGUUAUGCUAAAUAAUAAUGUAAAAUUAAAAUGAAGAUAUCAAGGUUCAGGAAUGAAAGUUAAAAUCAUGUAAGUUAAAUUAUAAUCAGUCAAUUUCUGAAUCAAUGAUAGUAGUUUACAAGGAAUAGAUGUAUAUUAUACAUGUUUUAUUAUUUUCAAAAAUAAUCAAUAGUUUAUCGAUACAAGGUCAUGUAAACAAAAUUAGGUUUUUGUACUUUGAUCGGCAAUCGGCUACGCAGACGUCUGUCCACGCAAAGAUAAUGAUACAACAAUAAACACACCGACGAGGUUAAAGUAUAUAGGUGCUACCACGAGUGGUGGGACUGGCUGUAUUAUCGAUGUAGCUGAUUCAUCGAAUGGUGGACUUGCCCCACUACCUGUUCCACCUUUAUAUGCUUUAUAUCUAAAGUGAACGCAGAAGAGAACGCCUCGUAAAAAGUAGUUAAAUUUUUUAUCAUUCUCGUGCAACAGAAAGAAUGGCACCAUCCCUUAGUAAAUUUGCCUCCAGACGUACGGUGGCUGGUGCCUGUGCAUUAGCUGCUUUAAUAUGGAUUCUUAAAAAAAGAGGCAAGAAACAAGUACAAAAAUCCAGAAAUGUGUGGCCUGCCAAUGACAUUCAGUAUGUUAUUAAAGAGGAAAAACCAAAAAAUCCAAAGGCUUAUGUAAAUGCAAGAUUUUUCCGACAAUUACGUAAAUUGCUUAAAAUUGGUAUACCUUCAGUUGCGUCUACUGAAUUUGGAUUUGUUCUCAUUAUCGCUGGUUCGCUUGUCGCAAGGUCCAUUUGUGAUCUUUGGAUGAUAAAUAUAGGUACCCUGAUUGAAUCGUCAAUCGUCAACAUGGAUGUAUCUAUAUUCAAAAGAAGAUUGUUUAAGUUCUUAACUCUACUGCCUUUGAUAUCUAUUGUGAACAACGUACUGAAAUAUGGUAUAUUCGAAAUGAAGUUGAGGUUACGUACAAAUAUCACACGAAACUUGAUGGAUCAAUAUCUCAAAGGAUUUACAUAUUACAAAAUGAGCAACUUAGACAGUCGUAUAGCAAAUCCAGAUCAACUUUUAACUACGGAUGUUGAUAAAUUUUGUGAAAGUUGCACAGACCUCUAUAGCAAUGUUGCAAAACCUUUGUUAGAUAUCGUUAUCUAUGUUUAUAGGCUAACAACUAACCUUGGCGGUCAGACACCGCUAAUUAUGCUUUCCUAUCUUGUAUUUGCCGGAACGAUAUUAACUCAUCUGCGUAGACCUAUCGGGCAAAUGACGGUAAAAGAACAACGCCUCGAAGGUGAAUAUCGUCACAUCAAUUCACGUUUGAUUACAAAUUCCGAGGAGAUUGCAUUUUAUCAAGGAAACAAUAGAGAAAAAUUAACCUUAUUGACUAGUUUUCAUAAACUCGUGACACAUCUCCGCAAGUGUUUAGAAUUCAAAACACUGAUAGGAAUAAUAGAUAAUUUCGUUGGCAAAUACGUGGCAACGAUAGUUGGUUUCUAUGCAGUUAGCAUACCAUUUUUCCAAAAAAAUCAUCCUGUCCUCUCAGGAACGGCGGAUCAUCGAUUUAAGAAUUAUUAUACAUAUGGUAGAAUGUUGGUAAAACUAGCGGAAGCGAUAGGCAGAUUAGUUCUAGCUGGAAGAGAAUUAACCAAACUAGCAGGAUACACGGCCAGAGUCACUGAAAUAAAGGAAGUUCUUGACGAUCUAAACGCAGGAAAAUACGAAAGGACUAUGAUAUCCGAUUUCAAAGACGAACCGAUUGGAAGUCCCGGGGCAGGAAAAAUAGUUACCAAAGAUAACGUUAUACGAUUCGAUUGUGUACCUUUGAUAACUCCUAACGGAGAUAUUCUUGUCAGAGAACUAUCGUUUGAAGUGAAAUCUGGUAUAAAUGUACUGGUCUGUGGGCCAAACGGUUGUGGAAAAAGUUCGCUCUUCAGAAUUCUUGGAGAAUUAUGGCCAGUUUGGAGUGGAACAGUUACGAAACCUCCUCGUGGAAAGCUCUUUUACAUACCCCAACGUCCUUACAUGACGUUAGGUACUCUGAGGGAUCAAGUAAUUUAUCCCCAUACGAAGCAAGAAAUGAUGAGACGCGGACAAAUGACGGACGUGGACCUGAAGAAAUUGUUAAAUCUCGUACAGUUGAGUCAUUUGUUGGAAAGAGAAAAUUUCACAUCCAGCGAAGGACAAGGUUGGGACGUGGUGGCUGACUGGAUGGAUGUUUUGUCGGGUGGCGAAAAACAACGCAUAGCGAUGGCUCGACUUUUCUAUCACAAGCCACAGUUUGCGAUUCUCGAUGAAUGCACAAGUGCUGUUAGCAUGGACGUUGAAGAUUCUAUGUAUUCGUAUUGCCGACAAGCAAAUAUUACAUUGUUCACAGUCUCGCAUCGACGAUCGCUUUGGAAACAUCACGAGUAUUACUUACAAAUGGAUGGAAGAGGAAAUUACGAAUUCAAACCUAUCGAGUCAGAUACCGAAGAAUUUGGAUCGUGAAUGUUCGUGUCCCUUGCAUCGAAUGAUACUUGCCAAAAUGCAAGGGACGCCGACGUUACGUUUCGAUAAUUCAAGUAAUUUAAAUGUACAUCCGCAGUGUACAGCAUUAUACAUGGUGAGUUACUUAAUUUGACUACCCUAAAUUAUUUGUAAAGUGUAUUUAAAUUGCAAGUAAUUCAAGGUGGUCCCAGUCAGCUGACUCAUCCUGUAUAUGUAUCACAUGUAUUGAGUGUUAAACAAUGCAUAGAUUUACAAGAACUGUGUACAUGAUUGUAUAUUUUUAUAUUGAUGUUUUUUUUAUAAAAUAUGAAAAAUAACGUAAAAAAAAAAAAAAACGCUAGUGUACACUGCAGCAGGCCUUAAUCUACUUGGCCUAUUUUACGGAUAUAUUAAAAAUGUUAAUAUAUUAAUAUAUAUUUUUCCAGUACUGUCAAAAGGAGAAAAGCUGUAAUGACAAUUUUCUUUCUCUUUGAUUUAAGAUUUAUCUAUCGUACAAGUAACAUAUUUUUGAUACUUAACGAUUUUCCAAGAUUCCAAUACCAUUUCUACCAUCUACGAAUGGUAAACAUAUUACACAUUACAAAAUUUAACCACCGGUAUACAUGUAUAACAAAAAAGGGGUUACAGUUUUUAAAAUGAUUUUUUAUUUGAAUAAUAUAAUUAUUAUUUGUUAUGUGUAGAUCACAUUGUAUAAGAAUUGCGGAGUAUAUAUAUAUAUAUAUAUUGGAUUGCUGGACAAUAAAGAAUGUGUAAUAAAGUC